AUGGUUUCCAACCUUCAAAUCCAGCGAUCGCCCACGGCUGCCUCCCACCAAGCCCAUCCUCCCCCUCAAGUGGUUAGUGGUGAAAUGGGGAUGGGUCAAAACGAAGCCCAGGACCGGUCCGUGGUGGCAGCCUUGCAAGACAUUAAAAUGGCCUUACAAUCAUCAAAAACCACGAAUCCACAUGACCGACAUGGCAUGACCGCCUUAAGUGCCACCCGAAUCCCCCCGUCCUCGUCUGAGGUCGUCAGUGAUGGCCUCACGGAUUCCUGGCAUUCACGAAGUAACGGGAACAGACGUGGACCACCCAGCUCAAUGGACUACUCCACGUCCCAGGAAGACGAAGAGGAAGAGGUCGGCAGUGAUGAAUUGGAAGAUGAGGACGAGGAUGAAGAGGAAGAAGGUGAUGACAUAGAGGAAAGACCUGAGGACAUCAUUGAAGAACGAGUUCCUACGCCAAAAAAUGCUAAAGACAAUGAGGACGAUCUGGAUACGGACCAAGAAACCGACCGACUUCUAGGUCAACAGUACAAUGACGACAAGGGAUACUUCGACUCAAAG